UUCCCCUGGAGGGAGGCCGAGACAAGCUCCUUGAAAGCCAGAGCAGCCUCACUAGGGUCGCAUGAAAGCAGAGCCUUUGGCUGGACUCUUCUGCUUCGCCCAGGUCCCGGCUUGGAGGAUCCCGGCUGUCUUUGGCCCAGGCUGGUGCGUCCCUCCUCUCUACCUUUCUUUGACGCAAAAGCUCCCUUUCUGCCCACUGUUUUGUCUCUUACUGGGGCAAAGGCAAGACAAAGAAAGGCCAAGAAGGAGAUGCUGGGGGCUUCACUUCGCUUUGAGUGAAGACUGGAUUGAUUCCAAAGCUCUGAGUUUUAACUGUUUCUUCUGUGGCGUUUGUGUGGGUCGUGCCACACACACUCCAGAACAACAACGGCUUUUGCUUGCAUUUUCCAGUGUUUCUUUUGCCAGCGAGUUCAGCAAAGUUGUAAUAAUACUUCAAGUGCCAGCCCUGACCAGAGUGAGGCGCCAGCGACAGAGAUGGUAAAGAUGACAAAAUCCAAAACGUUUCAGGCCUAUUUGCCAAAUUGUCACCGGACAUACAGCUGUAUCCACUGCAGAGCCCAUCUAGCCAAUCACGAUGAGCUGAUUUCUAAGUCCUUUCAGGGAAGCCAGGGACGAGCCUACCUCUUUAAUUCAGUGGUGAAUGUGGGCUGCGGUCCUGCGGAAGAGAGAGUCCUUUUGACAGGAUUGCACGCAGUUGCUGACAUUUAUUGUGAAAACUGCAAAACCACUCUUGGAUGGAAAUACGAGCAUGCCUUUGAGAGCAGUCAGAAAUACAAAGAAGGGAAAUUCAUCAUCGAACUUGCCCACAUGAUCAAAGACAAUGGCUGGGAGUAAAUGGGAACCCUGCUCUCUCUCGAUGGACCGGGCGUUUGUGGAACAGGCUU